GAUGUUGUUCGUCGCCGAGUGCUAGCAAUACCCUUGCAGGAAGAUCCCGAGUUACUGUCACCUUGAGCAGGCUCAUUUUCAACAUUGAUACGACUUAGUGUCAACCCCGCAGUUACGUUGCAUCGUACCAAAGUACUCGCUACCAUGCAUCUACGGAUCUCAAGCCGCUUUCCUCGCCUCUUAAUACUUCGAACACCACCUUGAUCUCUUCUGCAGCAAGCAAAUUUGUUGCUCGUACUUCAGCAUGCUCAACACACGGUCUACGACAGUUGCUGUCUUUCUACUUGUUGUCCAUACCUGCACAACUUCUGCCAAUGAACAUGCCAAGCAUGAAGCCGACUUCGAUCCUCUCAAAUAUGUCAAUCAAUUGAUCGGUUCUACCAAUGACGGAAACGUAUUCGCGGGUGCCACAUUGCCCUAUGGAAUGGCUAAGGCUGUCGCCGACGUUAACGGGCAAAACACAGGAGGAUUCGCGUUCGACGGUAGCAAUGUCACUGGUUUCUCGAGCCUGCACGACUCCGGCACUGGGGGCAAUCCAUCACUGGGCAACUUUCCUCUAUUUCCACAACACUGCCCAGAAAAUGAAUUGAACAACUGCAAUUACCUAAUCACUGCCCGCGCUACUCCCUAUCUCAACGAAUCAAUUGAGGCCAGCCCAGGCUAUUUCGCAUUGACAUUGGAGAACGGUAUCCACGCAGAAAUGACAGCGGCGCAACACUCUGCGUUGUACCACUUUGUCUUUCCCGCAGAGGAAUCGAGAAAUGGAUCAGCGCUAAAUCCUCUCAUCAUGCUCGACCUGACGGACCUGUGGGCGAGUCGACAGAACGCAUCGAUCAGUAUAGAUGAAACGACCGGAAGAAUGAAAGGGAAUGGCACUUUCCUUCCCAGUUUUGGCGCUGGGUAUUAUGUUGCACAUUUCUGCGUUGACUUCGCUGGAGCAUCGAUCCUCGACUCGGGAGUGUGGGUCAAUAAUCGAGCCGACACUGAGCCCAAGGAGUUGUUCGUCACGAGAGGCUUCAAUCUGUUUUACCUCCAAGCUGGUGGAUUCGUGAGAUUCAAAGGACCAAUUGAGGGUAACUUGACCGCAAGGGUUGGAGUGAGCUUCAUUAGCGCAGAUCAAGCAUGUCAAAAUGCGGAGAAAGAAAUACCUGGCCCAGACUACGAUUUUGAAGGUAUGAAGAGCAAGGCUGAGGAUGCAUGGAGAGAAAAGCUCUCGCCUAUCGCGAUUGAAGCCGGAGGUGUGAAUGAGACGAUGCAAACAAAUUUCUACAGCGGAAUGUACAGGACGAUGAUCUCGCCGCAGGACUAUACCGGGGAAAAUCCAAAUUGGGAAACAUCAGAACCGUACUUUGACUCCUUUUACUGUAUUUGGGAUGCUUUUAGGGUACAACACCCCUUUUUAACUAUUGUUGACCCCGUCGCGCAAUCAAAAAUGGUCCGCAGUCUCCUCUCAACGUACCAGCAUGAAGGUUGGCUCCCGGAUUGCCGCAUGAGCUUAUGCAAAGGCUGGACGCAAGGCGGGUCAAACGCCGACGUCGUCAUCGCGGAUGCCUACAUCAAGAAUCUCACUGGCAUCGACUGGAAUCUCGCCUACGACGCAGUUGUCAACGACGCCGAGAACGAGCCCCUCGAGUGGUCCUACGAAGGCCGCGGCGGGUUGAAGAGCUGGAAGCGCUACAAUUACAUCCCCUAUCUCGAUUUCGACUACCUUGGGUUUGGGACGAACUCAAGAAGUAUUUCUAGGACUCUCGAAUAUUCGUAUAACGACUACUGCAUCUCCACGCUAGGUAAGGGCCUCGGGAAAGAUGAAUACGCCAAAUACCUCUCCCGAGCAGAGAACUGGCAAAACCUUUUCAAAGCCGACCAGAAAUCUCUCAUCAACGGCACAGACACUGGUUUCACAGGCUUCUUCCAACCAAAAUAUCAGAACGGCACCUGGGGCUACCAAGACCCAAUCGCCUGCAGCCCCCUCACAGACUUCUGCUCCCUAACCUCCAACCCCUCCGAGACCUUCGAGUCCUCCGUAUGGGAAUACCUAUUCUACGUCCCCCACGACAUGCCCACUCUAAUCACCCUCCUCGGCGGCCCCGCCUCCUUCAUCGCCCGCCUCGACUACUUCCACACCUCCGGCCUCGCCGACAUCGGCAACGAGCCCGUCUUCCUCACAAUCUUCCAGUACCACUACGCCGGCCGCCCGGGCCUCUCGGCGCAGCGCGCGCACUCCUACGUCCCCGCGCGCUUCUCGCCCACGCCCGGCGGCCUGCCCGGCAACGACGACUCGGGCGCCAUGGGCGCCUUCACCGUCUUCGUCAUGCUCGGGCUGUUCCCGAACCCGGGGCAGGACGUGUAUUUCAUCAUCCCGCCGUUCUUCGAGAGCGUGAGCGUGACGAGUCCGCAGACGAAUAAGACCGCUACUAUUAGGAAUGUUAACUUUGAUAGGGGGAGUUAUGAGAAUAUUUAUGUGCAGAGCGCGACGCUGAAUGGGGAGGUGUGGACGAAGAGCUGGGUGACGCAUGGUUUUUUUACGGAGGGGUGGACGCUGGAGUUGGUGCUGGGGCCGGAGGAGAGUGACUGGGGGACGAGGGCGGAGGAUUUGCCGCCGAGUGUUGGAAAAGGAGGAAUAGGGUAUUUGUGAGAUGGGCGUUGUCUUUUUUCGAAGUGCUGAUUAGACGGAGAGCGUGGCGGAUGUAGUGUGGUAGGAACGUGAACGCUUCUGGGGAGAUAUGGAGCAAGAGAAUAUAGACACAGCGAGCAUAUUGCAUAAUGGUCCAGGGAGAAACUUGUUUCAACAUGAUUAUUGGAAG